UAUCAAAAGUAAUCGUAAUAGAAUCAAAGGCAGGUAUAAAAAAAACAAGGGGAGGAGAGAAACUUAUCAAAUUUGAAUAACGAUCCUUCCAUCAAGAUUCUGAGCAUCGAUUCCUUCAAAAGGAUGUUUUCAAUCUCAGUCAGAGGAUCCUAGGCCCAUUGAUGAAUGAGGGCAUUCACUGCAAACAUCAACUCGCUCUCUCGCUCAAUCUGUUCAGCUGCAACUUGCAGAGCACUUAGCGGCUGUCGCAUACGCCGAAUAUCCUUUCUCUUCCUUGCCUGCCAAUCUCACUUUCAUAGCCCUCCGGCGACGACCCUGUUUGGACAAGCGAUUUUCAAAAUUACAAGAGUUUAAUUUUAGCUGCAAAGCCUCACAAUAAAUACCUGACGACAACACUCUUAAAUCCUCGCUUAAUUCCUACUUCCUUCUUUCCCUUCUGCUCCUGGGUGACCGUCCUCCAUCUCAGCCAUCAUUCCAAUUUCUAAUCCAACAAAACCCAAAUAUUUCUUCUUCCAAAACCCCGAUAAUUUCUUUCCCCUAAACCCUAACAUACAACAGGUAUUCAAUAGAACCGGGCAACCAGCGACCAGAGAGACACCGCCGCCUCUGGCCAAGUCCUGAAGGAGGUUCGAGAAAGAACAGACGAGGGCGUGAAGCAGGCGUGGGGCGAGCGUAUUGCGUCCAGAAAGAGUGUUACAGCGUGUAAAGUUUCGUAGGCAGCGCCGCUGAUUUAUGGAGCUCGUUGGGAUUGGAUAUGCAGGGGAUUCUAUCUCUUCACAAGCUUAUAACCAUUGAAGGAAGGGUGGCACAACAGUCCUAUCACCUUCAGUGUGCCAAUGACUGCGGUGACAUCUAUCAGAAAAGGAAUGUUGGAUGGCAUCUAUGAUACCAUCCAAGCCAUCAGACAAUUUGAAUUGACUAACACAGCUGAUAAUAAAUCUGGAUAUGAAAGCAUUGAUGUUGAACCAAGUGAGAAGGAUGCAUCGCUCCUCGUACGCAGACAUUAUGAGUUGGACAUCUUAAGCUCCAUAGUUCAUCAAGUCAGGGAGGUCAGUGGUACUGGUUCUGAAAGCAGGAGGACCAUCCAUUCAUCUAAAAGAACAGAAUCAGAUCAGAAUAGCAUGAAUAGAGAUGCUGGUGGAUUCUGGUGUUAAAAUCUCAACCCCAAUUGAAGCCAUAUAGUGACAUAGGCAAAUGAUGAAGAUAUGGUAUAUAAGUAGAAACAGAUACAAGAUCAAAUUGCAAGGAAGAAGAGGGGUGUGAGUGCCCUCCAAGUUGCAGCUGAACAGACUAAGCGUGAGAUGGAGCUGAUGUUUGCGGCAAAUGCCCUCAUUCAUCAUUUUGAAGGAAUCCAUGCUCGGAAUCCUGAUGGAAGGAACAUUAUUCAAAUUUGACAAGUUUUUCCUUUUUUUUUCUUUUAAUGUAUUUAUACCCAACCUUGAUUCCAUUAUGACUGUUUUAUUGAUUAAAUAAUUACGGAUAAUGACUUCUUAAUAUAUCAUUAUCAUUCUCUUGUUAAA